AUGUAUGAAAGUCAUGAUAUCCUUCAUCAUGAUAUUAGCUGUGAUACAAAACGUUUCAGGAUAGCUGAUGUGAAAAGGAUAAUAUUUUUAAUAAACGGGAAUUACUCUUUCCACGGGAAGUUGAUACUUGUUGAUCCAAAAAUUCAUGGAGAAUUCACGAGAUUUUUAAAAUUUUUGAACUCCCAGUUAUCACGAUUUUUGCUACAAAGUCAAAAAAUUAAAAGAGUUUUAACUCCACGAGGUGGAAACACUGUACAUUCUAUAUCACAGCUUAAUAGUGGUGGGGUGUAUGUAUGCGCUGGAAAUGAAACUUUUAAAAAACUGAACAAUUCUUGCCUUCACUUUGGAAGAAUAAAUGGUUUAAACGUACAAAUGAAUGAUUUAUCUAAAAUUAACCCGUUACUUAAGAGGCCUAAAGUGAAGGAAUUAGCAAAAUCAAAUCGUAUCUCGAAAAUUAUAUUACCUGGAACUAACCAACGUGAUAAUAUUUGCACAAACCUGAAAAUCAUCCCAUCUGUAAAACAUAAUUUAAAUGCCAAGGAUUUCAGUAGUGUCACAAAUAAAUUAGAUGUUAAUAGUGUCUUUCGUGUUGCUGUUAAUAAUGGGCAAUUAAUUGACAGUGAUUGCAAUACUAAUAAAACGUUGAAUAAUAAAAACACAAUAAAAAUAACAAAAAUACUACGUCUUUUACCAAGUGACAAUCAAAAAUACGGCGGACGUAAAAUAACUGUAGUACGCUGUAAUCCUGGUGGGAAAGGACGUACAAGUUUGACUGUUAUGAUGGCUCGAAGAUCGGUGCACACAUUAGGUCAAGUAAUGUGCGAACUAACUGAAGCAUUUGGUUCACGCUGGCAUAAUGAUCCUAUUAGAAAUUUGUAUUCAUUAACUGGUCGUGAAAUAAAAUCUGUGAACGAAUUAUUUCGUAAGGACAAGGUUUUCAUUGCUUCCGGACUUCAUAAAAUGUUUGGAAAUAUUCAUAUUGAAUUGAACAAAAGUAACAAUGUGGACAGUAAUACUACUAGGGCUAAUAAUUAUAUUAAUAAUUGUAUUCACCAAUCCAUGAGUUACAAUAAUUGCCAAAAAUCAUUUCACCAUGGAUUUCUUUCAAAUCAGGACAAAAACGGUAAUAUAGUAGGGAGCAAUGCUACGGAACUUAAACCGGAAGAUAUUAGAGCUAUUUUAUCAGAAUUUUGGCCAGAUCAUCCUGAUCCAUCCAGUGUAGUUUAUCAAUGGGAACGUCGUUUACGAAAUCGAGGUUUUGGAAUGAAAACCAGUCAACAGUUUGAUGUAAACAAGCAUUUAUUAUUUGAAAUUCCAAGACCAAAACAAAAAUUAUCACUGAAAACAAACAAUAUCAUUUCCAAUAUAAAUUAUUCAUCAAAUGAAUCAUUUAUAGAAAAUGAGAAAAAAGAUAGUGGAUUUGAUGAAUUAACAAUUAACAAUAAUAUUUUACCCAAAAUUGAAGAACAAAUUCAUGGAGAGCAAUCUAUCCUAUCCACAAAUAAUUCCAUUAAUUUUAUGAAAGAUAAAUCAAAUAAAUUAUCAUCUGUAGAAUCUCAUUCAAAACUAUUAAAACAAGUCAAUUCUCCUCAACAUCUUGAAUAUGUCAAACCAAAUCACAAUUAUUCAAAUUUUAAACUAGAUUCUUCCUCUCCUUCAACUAUAGAGGAGAAUAAUUUUUUUCAUUCAGAAAAAUUCUUUGAAGAAUUAUCAUUAACUAAUAAAUCCAGUAUAAAAUUACAUGAGAACACUUUCAAUACAAAACGAUUACUAAAACCUCAAGUAUUAAAACCGGAUAACAUUAAUAACGAUAUGAACAAUACAUCACUUCAUGCGAAUUCAGUUACAUCUUUUUCACCGUUCUAUUAUUCAGUUUACCAACAGAAUCUUUCAAGAAAUCAACAGAAAUCAUAUCAAAUUCCUGCGUAUCCCUUUCAUUCUCCUUUUUUGUUGUCAACCUCACUAUUUCAACAACAACAUAGAAAUCAGCAGUUGAAAAAGUCUGAUAGUUUAAGUAAACUAUUAUCAAGAUAUCAUAACUGUCUACAGAUUGGUGAAAGGGUUCUUCAAAGAACUGAAAAUCGUCGUCAUGAAUUGGCUAUGAAAGAAAAUAAAUUACCAGAAAAUCACCAUGUUGAUAAAGUGGUCGAUAGAAAUUCACUGGAAAUUAAAACCCAUGAAAAAAAUCUUUCGAAAUUAACUAACUAUCAAGAAGAUAAAGUCCAAAAUCUAAACAAUAAUCCAACGAAAUUAACCAUGAGUACAUAUACUACUACUAUUGAUAAUAAUGAUGCACAGAUCAAUAAGAUUGGACCACAUACAGGGGAAUCAAAACAACAUUCUUCUAAAUUAAUAAAUCAGUCAUUCAUUGCACAACAAUUUAAAUUAAAUCAACAACUGAAAACAAACACAUCGGUUACUAAUAAUAAUACAUUUGGUAUUACUAAAAAUAAAGAUAGUAACACGAGUAGUGUCAUUAAUAAAACACAAGGAAACCUCAGUAAUAUCACAUUUGGUAAACAAUCUCAUCAGACAUUACAGUCGAAUCAUAAUGUAAAAAGAAAUGAAAAUACUAAUCCCUGCAAUAAUAAGGGAUUCAUCGAGAAGGGAAAAUCAUUAGUUGAUAUUAACAAACCAGUAUUAAUCAAUGAUAAAUCCAAAAUUCGUGAAAAUCAUAUUAUUAAUGAUCAAGAUAACAACAUACGAAUAGAAACUAAACUCCAGAAAAUGGAUAAUGUUUCGGAUGCCACAAAAAGUAAUCACUCUCCUGGGAUUCAAAAAGAAAUUUCAUCUGAAAAAAAAUCAUUGCCCGCUGAACGUGCUGUUUUAAACGCACAACAAAACUCCCCCAAACUUCCGAUGAAUAAAACAUAUGAUAAAGAUGUAAAUCAAACACCAAAAGAAAAUAACAAUGAUAUCACUAGAUGUAAUGCUAACGUAAAUAUCACAACGCAACAGAAUUUGGAUUCAAAUGCACCAGAUGUAGUUACCAAUAACAUUAUCACAACUGCUGCUACUAAUAAUAAUCAUACCUCUUCUGUCAAACUACUGGAUGUUUCUGAUGAUGCACAACAAAAAUUAAUUGGGAAUUGUUUUACAGUAAGUGGACUUAAAAAACCAAAUAAUGAUAAAUUGAAAUCAGUCUACACAGCAGUUGGAGUAACAUAUGUUUCAGAUCCUGAUUAUUUAUCGAAACGUUAUCAAAUUGGUCGUAAACUAGGUGAUGGUAAUUUUGCCAUUGUUAAACUAGGAAAAAGGCGGGAUACAAAUGAUCAAUAUGCUUUGAAAAUAAUUGAGAAAAGCAAACUUACAGGUAAAGAAGCUAUGUUACUAAAUGAAAUUCAUAUAUUACAUCACUGCCGUCAUCCAAAUAUUGUACGUUUAUAUGAGGAAUUUGAAACUGCAAGUGAAAUAUGGCUUGUUAUGGAAUUUAUAAAAGAUGGUGAUCUGUUCGACGGAAUUACUCAAGCAACAAAGUUCACUGAACCAAUAGCUGCUGGAAUAGUAUCCGAUUUAGCUAGUGCUUUAUUUUAUCUACAUUGUCGAUCUAUUGUACAUCGAGAUUUAAAACCUGAAAACAUAUUGUUAUUACGACAGAAAAACGGUCAAAUACGAGUCAAACUUGCUGAUUUCGGACUGGCUUUAGUGGUGAAAAAGAGUAUGUACACUGUAUGUGGAACUCCAACGUAUAUUGCUCCAGAAAUAUUAGAAGAAUCAGGUUAUGGUCUUGAAGUGGAUAUGUGGGCAUUGGGGAUUAUAACUUAUAUUAUGUUAUGUGGAUUUGCUCCAUUUCGUAGUACUGAUCGAAGACAGUCAAAGUUAUUUGAAAGUAUAAAACGAGGUCGUUUUGUAUUCCUGAGUCCCUAUUGGGAUAAUAUAUCAUCACACGCCAAAGAUUUAAUCACUGCACUUUUAGUGAUUACACCAAAAUCAAGAUUAACAGCUCGUGAAACAUUAGCUCAUCCAUGGGUAUUUGGUUCUGGUCUACCAAAUUUAUCAGAAGAAUUUGAAAAACGUCGAUUAGAUUAUCGAAAUGAUUUAGAAAAAAAGCAUAAUGAAUUUAAACAAUCAAUGAAUGAAAAAAAUCCAAUUGACUUAUAUGAUAAAAAGAAUAAUAAUAAUAAUAAGGACAAUAUAAAUCAAAAUAAUAAAUUUAUCGAUAUGAAAAAGUUAGAAUUGCCAAGAAUUACAAAAAUUAAAGAAUUAUACAAUUAA